GGCUGGGAGGAGCGUCGCCGCGGCGGCAUGGCUGUUCCGGGCACCGGCCUGGCCUUUGAACUGAAAAUUCCUUUUCCAUCGUCAACAUUGGCCAGGAUUGCCUUGGGGUCCCUGGCCCCAGAUCCUGAGCCUCGCAAAGGAGGGAUCACCAAAGAACUGAAUGUGACAGACAACGUUUUACAUGUGCAAUGGAGAGCAGAGGAAGCUAGGAUCCUGCGUGUUUCCAUUAAUUCCUUUUUGGAGCAUCUGUCCUUGGUGGUGGAAACCAUGGAUCUAUUUGGACCACCCAUCGGUUGAUAAACUGUCACACCAGAUCAUAAAAGAUUGUGGAUUUUGUUGGAUCCUGGACUUGGCCAUUCACUGCUGAUUUCAGAGGAGGCAUCGGACAAUCCUUUCUUGCAGCCAGGAUGGAAAAAAAGAUGUGUACUUGCACUGUGGUGCUCAAGAACCUGAUAAACCAAGAAGUAGGCAAGCUUAGAACUGCCUCCCCCCCCCACCCCGAAACCUGAUGUUCCCCAGAUGUUAGACUUCCACAGCCCAGCUAAAGUUCUAGAUUGGAAAGAUAAAUUUUAAUGAAAGUUUAUAUGAUAUGUAUUUUAUUACAUUAACCCAUUCAUCUUACACCCUGCAUGUGAUUACUAAUAAAAUAUUUUUGACUACGGAGGAAAACUGCUGGACAAAUGAUGUGGUCGUAACAAAACAAAAUCUUUAAGAAAUAUGU